AUCCUGCAUGUAACCAUUUAAUUGUUUUCUUUAUCAUAAGAGAUAUAAUUUGCAUAAUUGGUUCCCCUUUAUAAAAGUUUAUGGAACCAAUCAGGCUGUGACAAGACUUUCAUGAACUUAUAAUUGGCAGACAUCUUGAAAUUUUAAGAAGUGUGAAGCUUAUUUUUUUCAACAAUUUAUUCACUUAGGUGAAAUUGUAAAACUUGGAAAAACUUAAAAGUAAGUUAUAGCAGUAUAAAAAACAGAUAGGGAAAACAUAUCAAAAUGGCAGAUAGAAUUGACACACUGGAUGAUAACAGAAUGGAGACAGAAUUGAGUCAGCAAGAGACUGGAAAUUCCUGCUUAAUGGUCACAGAGAGCACUGAUGAUCCUGGUUCCAUACCAGAUGCAAAUAUAUGUUCAACAAAUAUACCAAAGCCAUCAUUCACUGAAAGUGAUAUAUCAGACAUUGUAAAUAUUUUAUUGGAGAUGGAAGACCUAGAUAAAAGGCACAGUAGCAGUGAUAUCACAGGUCAUAUCAAGAGUUAUUUGGAGGCGAGAGGUAAAGUGCUGUGUCCUACUAUCUCCAUUCAAUUGUCAGACUUGGUAGCAGCCACAAGUACGCAUGGUAUUAUAUGGGUGAAAAAUAAUGGUAUUUUAAAACCUUUAGGAGAAAAGGUUCCUGUAUUCAGAGAUGUUGAGGAUGCUAAAAGUUGGUUAAAACUGAAUCAACCAUACAAAAAUAACACUGGAUCUGAGACUGGAGAUAAUACCUUCGCAUCCCAAAACAAUGUCGUCUCCUUGGCGCAAAAUGCUAAAAAUAGUAAAGAAAGAGUUCUUUCUCCUACGGAAGAACAAUUAUGGUCGGGCAAGGUUCGUCCAGCUGUUGGUCAAGUAAUUAAAUAUUCAUUCGGAGGGAGUGGUCAAACUUCACAAGAGGGAAGCAUCUCUGAUUCCAAUGGUUCUAAUACUACCAAAACAGGGCCUGAUGAAAGUGGCAAUGUUAGGUCUAGUGUUAUGUCUGAUGCUGAGCAUUUCCUGGAGAAACGAGGAGGAAAAAUGCUUGAAAAUGUGCAGAAGGCCAAACCAAAGAGAAAUACACUUAGUAAAAUUGUUGGUGGAAAACCAAUAACUGAAGAUAACAUUGUUGAACAAAUCAUUGACCAUAAUGAGAAAUGUGACCCAAAGCAAAAAAGCAAACAAAUUACCAAAAACAAAGUAAAAAAUUCGAAUCAGAAAUCACCCAAACCUGGAACAUCUGGAGUUUCAGUUAACAAAAAAAGAAAAGUUAAUCCUCCUAUUGAAAAUAGUUUUGACAGCUCAGAUGAAGAAAAUGUUAGAGAAAAUGAGAAGUGCAUUGUAUGCAAAAAAUUCAGCCCAGACAUGAGUAAACGGCCAAAUGUGAUAAUUGUUAAUUGGGGACAGUGUGAUAAAUGUUCAGGUUGGGUUCACCUGUCAUUUUGUACACCUGUCAAGGCCAUCAGGCGGGGAGACAACUUUUUGUGUCCCUCCUGUUGUGAAAUGUAACUGUAAACUAACUAUAACCAUGUAAAUAUGUUUUGUUGACAGCUAAUUAAUAAUUCAAAACAGUUUUUAUAAAGUUUAUAAAAUGACAGUUAAUAGGGGCAUAAACUUUUUUCCUGAAGCAUACUAUUACACCCAGUAAAAGGUCAAGGUUGAAGUGGUCGAACUUCUGUUGGAUAAAGUCUGAGUAACACAUGUGAGGGAGCUUCCAUUUUUUAUGCCACCGCAGCAUCUGCGAUGCGGUGGCAUAUAGCGUUUCACCUGUGUGUGUGUGUGUGUGUGUGCGUGUGUGUGCGCGUGCGUGCGUGCGUGCGUGCGUGUGUGUUUGUUUGUUUGUGUGUGUGUGUGUGUUAUAUAGAUUAUAUAGUGAACUUAAAAAAUCUUCUUGUGAAAAACCACUAGUCCAAUUUCAACCAAACUUGGCAGGAUUGAUCCUUGGGUGAAGGGGUUCCAAAGUUGUUCAAAGAAUUUCAUUCCAUGCAGAAAUCUGGUUGCCAUGGCAACCAAAAGGAAUUAAAAGAAUAAAUUUAAAAAAUCUUCUUGUAAAGACCCAAAAGGCCUAGAGCUUAGAUAUUUUGCAUAAGGCAUUGUCUGGUAGACCUCUACCAAGAUUGUUCAAAUUAUAGCCCUGGGGUCAAAAUUGGCCCGGCCCCGGGGGUCAUUGAUUUUCACUAUAUGUACAUAUAGUAAAAACUUAAAAUACCUUCUUGUAAAGACCCAAAAGGCCUAGAGCUUAAGAUAUUUUGCAUAAGGCAUUGUCUGGUAGACCUCUACCAAGAUUGUUCAAAUUAUAGCCCUAGGGUCAAAAUUGCCCCUGCCCCGGGGGUCA